UUGCUUCUAAUUUCCACAGAUGUAGGAGGCGGCUCAAACCAUCUCGUCUGUAUUUACCCAUCCACCGGCCAUUCCACGCCACCAGCAAGUGUUCUGCUUUCGGUUCCCAUUUUCUGUACCAACUUCUUCUUCGCCGUGGUGCGCCGCCGAGCAUCUCGGAUUCUUCCCGGAGCUCAUGCCCUAUUUUAGUCCGCUUCAGUGAAAAAACAGCUCUUUUAUAUUUUAUUCGAGCAGAUAUUAUAAUUCAGUAGAGCAGUUUCGGACGAAUCCUCUGUGAUCUUCUUUUCUCUUUGAUCUAUUUAAGAAAUAGAUGUAGCUUUUGGUCUUUUGUAAUGACUUUGAUUACGCUACUUUUCUUUGUUUGAUGCGAGAAAACCCUUCUGGGUGUUCGGAUAUGCUUGCUGGGAUCAGUACCAUUGCCUGAUUUAAAGUAGCGAAUUAUCAGUCUCCUAUUAAGCUUUUAGCGGCGCUCAUAGAUUUUGAGUUAUGUUGAUUUCCAGUACGUGGAUUCAAACCUCAAACUCCAAUGGCAUGCUGGGCUCUCCACUGGUUUCCUCUAGCAGCAGCUUUCAAAAGCCAGUUUCUUAUUUACUAACAAAAUCUUCAAGAAGUAUAGUUCAGAUAAAGGCAAGGGUCGUAGAUGGAAGCCAAAAUCAUCCUCCUUCGAAGAGAAGGAACCCCCUUGUUGCCGUUCUUGAAGUCCCACAAGUUAUAUGGAGGCAAACAUUGCAGCCACUGAGUAAUUUUGGGUUUGGUCAGAAGAGCAUUUGGGAAGGUGGUGUUGGGCUAUUUGUUGUUUCUGGUGUGGCUCUUGUUGCUCUUAGUCUUGCUUGGUUGAGGGGCUUUCAUCUAAGCUCACAGUUGAGGAAAUAUCAAGCAGUAUUUGAGUUCUCGCAAGCUUGUGGACUCUGCGUUGGAACACCAGUUAGGAUAAGAGGUGUGACUGUUGGGAAGGUUGUUCAUGUCAAUUCUUCUUUAAAAAGCAUUGAUGCGGUCGUCGAGGUUGAAGAUGUUAAAACUAUCAUACCUAGGAACUCUGUGGUUGAGGUCAACCAAUCUGGCCUGCUUAUGGAGACAUUGAUUGACAUAACACCUCAGGAUCCUCUUCCAACACCUUCCGUUGGACCUACUGAUCCUGGUUGCCUUAAAGAAGGCCUCAUUGUAUGUGAUAGAGAGAAAAUGAAAGGGCAACAAGGAGUAAGCUUGGAUGCUUUAGUAAGUAUAUUCACCCGUCUUGGACGAGAAAUGGAGGAAGUUGGCAUCAGAAGAAGCUACAUGUUGGCUGAAAAAGUUGCAUCCAUUGUACAGGAAGCACAACCUCUAAUUGCGAAGGUUGAACUCUUGGCUGAAGACAUUCAACCAUUACUUACUGAGAUCCGUGAUAGUGCUGUUUUGAAGGAUGUUGAAAUCUUAACCAAAAGUCUAGCAGAAGCAACAGAGGAAUUGAGAAGAUUGCGCUCUUCAAUUCUAACUCCAGAGAACGUCGAGAUCUUUCGUCGGUCUAUCUUCACCCUUGUGUACACCUUAAAAAACCUCGAGAGUAUUAGCUCAGACAUCUCAGUAUUCACCAGCGACGAGGCAACAAGGCAGAACAUAAAGAUGCUCAUCAAGUCCCUCAGCAGGAUCUUGUAGUCCCUCAGCAGGAUCUUGUAGUAAAGGAAUGUUGAAUCUUUAUUCUCAAUCUCCGGUUCGAAGGAUCAAUAUGUAUGAGCAGUUGGAUCGUUCGACAGAUUUGUUAAAUCAAAUAAAUGAAAUCAAACUAUGGGCGAAAUUGAAUCAAUCAAAUCAUAAGUCGAACCAACCAAACCAGAACGAGCGAAUCAUUCAUGCUGUUCUUGAAUAGGCUUAAUGUUGUUCUGCAUAGGUAUAAGCUUGAUUUUUGCACUUUUUUUGCUGCUGAACUAUAAAUGUUUGGAUGAUUUGAAACUUAUAUUUUACCAGUCAAAAAGUUGCUGUGCUCUUGAAGCUGAUCA